UAGGGUUUAUCAAUGGAGGUGAGCGCCAAUGCGUGUCCAAAUGCGAGCGAUUUGCAGGUGGAGGAGCUCGCGUCUCUCGUCAGGAACAAUCUCCACACCAAGCAUCUGCUGCUGGCGGCGGAGGAAGCGUUUGUGGAGUUUUUGGAUCCAUCCAGUGAUAGGGAGUUGCUGGAGCUUACGCCGAUGGUUUCUUAUCACCGGAUGCUUCUCCAUCGCUUGGCGGACGUCUAUGGCCUAGCGCACGAGUCUGUGGGUGAGGGAGAUGGCAGGCAUUUGGUGGUCGCAAAAUGCGAGGACUCGUCCAUACCGUCCGUGUUGCUAAGCGACCUACUCAACGCUUUCGAAGAUUCAUGCUCGAUAGCCAGCAGCUCGUCUCGAACACUACUUAAACGUUCUGCUAUGCAAGCAUCUGAGAAACAAUUCACUUCUAACGAGAAUCCGGUCGUGACGUCUCUGGAGGAGAGAGAGGCGGCAUAUCUCUCGGCAAGAGAACGCAUCUUCUCGUCCUGCGAGACCAGCACCAGCACUGUUGCCUCGGACGAAGCAGGCGACUCAAGCGUAAGAUCCCCAAGGACUGUUCCUGCGGUAGCGCACAGAAUGAUCACUCACGCACUGGGUAAGAGCAGCGCUCAAAGGCGUCCUGAACAACACACUAGCUGCUCGCCUGAAAAACCUCCCGACCAAGACGGCAGCACUGGUGAGACGUGUUCCAGAACAAGGAAUGCUCGUCGGCCGGACAUGCCUGGUAGAGCAGCGAGCAGGCUUCUGUCCAAAGCUCUCGGGAUCCAAGAAGGGAAAAAGAGAUGAAGCAAUCGACUUCACUUCCAGGCCAAUGCUGUUUCGCGACUGGGAAGACGCAGUUUUCCUGGCGGUACAAGCUAUAGUGUCUGGGAUCCCGCAAAGCGGCAUUGUCCACGGGUUCGUGGAGAGCAACAAAGAAAAAGAGUGAUGGUUAGCUUCGAAACCUUGGACGUUCCCUCCAUCGUAUCUUCCUUCAAAGUCGAAGAUAUUUUGUCGAGAGAUAUUCUCGCAGGAGGUAUUGUUUUUAUUUCUCCUUCUCCUCCUUUUCUUUUGUGUAUUCUUGUGCCUUUCCAGUAUCAGUUAUAUCGAAUCCAAAUCUCACGAGUUCGGACUAUUGAGAUACGAUAUCUUUUAGGUGGUUCACGGGCACUAGAAACGAUAAGCUUCAAUCUUUUAUUCUAAAGUUCUAGCUCAAAUCAGGACAAGCACAAAAUUUCGUUGCUCGUGCUUUGAACGAUUCUCGCAGGAGCUCCUGAUAGUGAGAUGCCAGAACAAAGACUCCAGAGGGUGUUAGAAUAAAAUCUUUUAAUCUCCCAUUUUGUAAA